UCUCUAUGAUCCCCAAACAAAGCCAAUGCCAUCAACAAUAACUGAAGAUCCUUCAACACGCAAACCAAAUCCCAGUGCCACAACGAAGAAAACUGUUGCUAUUGCUGCUUCUAAUACAGAAACGGUGAAUAUUAUGAUUAAAAGUGUCAUAGGAACGCUAAUCAUCCUCAUCAUUGUGAUUGUCUUUUCCAUCAUUCUGUACAAAUAUAGAGCUACACGGGCAAAAAUUCAAAGACCUCGAAAAACUCCAGAAAACAACCAGAGACAAGAGAAUGCGAUGAACAGAAGACUGGGCCUUAUCCAUUUGCAAGGGACUCCAAAGAAUAUACAGAUGUACAACAAUGCAUAUGACUGUUGAGGAGAAUGAGGAAGGCCCACUUCACAUGGAACUUACCACAGAUGACACUCACUGCAGUAGGAAACCACUGGUUCCCCUCCCACCACUGCUCUUACAGCUAAGACACAAUAUUACCAUGCGUCUAGAGAGGAGACCUAUCUCUCUCAUUCUCUUUCCCAUUCUUUCUCUCUAUCUAUCUAGCUAUAUAUGCAGGUGUCUAUCUGUGUCGGUCACUACUUAGCUAACU